AUGGAAACUGCUGCGAGUGCUAUCGCUGUCAUCCAGAUCUCGACAGCUAUAAUCGGCGCCUGCAACAAGUACGUCCGGAAUGUUCGUCAUGCCGCUGAAGACAUCCAGCUGCUGAAGGACGGCAUCGAGGCCUACAUUCAGAUCGUCCAAAAGCUCCGGGAGCUCGCCGAGACGACAAAAGAUGAUAACUUGGAGGCACUCCGCGCCUCGCGCCGUCUCGUUGAGAACAGCGAGGUCGCACUCCGAGAGUUGGAAACUCGUUUGAAGGGAAAGGGAAGCAAUCCAAUGCGGAAAAUCGGUCUCAGGGCUCUGAAAUGGCCUUUCACAAAGGAAGAGGUCAGCGAGACCCUUCAGCGUGUCACCGAUUGGAAGAGUACGCUGAGCAUGGCGCUCUUGAUGGACAACUUCUCGCAAAGCCUGACCACAGCGCAAACAGUCAACCGAGCUGAACGAAAUCGACACCUCGAGAAGCUGCCUCGCGCCGUUGAUGCGGCGUUUGACUCUCGCUCACAAGAACAUGAAGCAUUGUGUCUACCCGGUACGCGUACUGAAGCUCUUCAGAAGCUGGUUGCUUGGAGUGAAAACCCCGGAAGCGAGACAAUCUGCUGGUUAAAGGGAAUGGCAGGAACUGGAAAGUCUACUAUCGCUCGGACCGUGGCCGGUCGGUUUCAUGAACAAGGCUGUCUUGCGGGGAGUUUCUUCUUCUCUCGAGGAGCAGGUGACCGUGGCCACGCUGGGAAGCUCAUAGCCACACUAGCUGCCCAGCUGGCAAGAAAAGACACUGAGCUGAAGCAGCAUAUCUGCGAGGCAGUAAUGGAGGAUGAGGAUAUAGCUCAAAGAAGUCUUGCUGAGCAAUGCCGUCGGCUGAUAGUCGAGCCUGUCCGUAAAUUGGCGGGCGACGAUGCCUCUCCGCUUGUAUUCGUGAUCGACGCUCUCGAUGAAUGUGAUCGCGAAGAAGAUAUUGAGAUAAUCCCUCAGCUCUUGACGAUGCUUGCGAGCGUCAAGUCCAAGUUCCGACUGCGAGUGCUGAUCACUGGUCGGCCGGAAAGAGCAGUACGUCGCGGCUUCCUUCAAUCGCGAAGUCACUUCCACCGCGAGUUUGAUCUGUUCGACAUGGACGACGCAGUUGUAAAGCAGGAUAUCUCUCUACUGAUUGAAGACGAACUUGAGAAAGUCAGGUCCAGACAUGGCCUUCCAGACAGCUGGCCCGCCUCAUCGGACAGAGUCGUCGAGACACUGUCCACGAAUGCCGGAUCACUGUUCAUCUACGCGAAGACAGUUUGCCGCUUCAUAUAUGAGUCGCCAAUACCACAACGUGCACUCAAAAUGCUCCUCGAAGAGAGCUCGUCCGAGAAUGGGCAUUCGCCAACAGCUGCGCUCGAUGAGAUGUACCUAACCAUACUAAAACACUCAUACAUUGGAGACGAGUUCCUCUUCAAAAGAGUCAUCGGCUCGAUUGUAUUGCUCAGAACACAAUUCUCCACCGCCGCUCUAUCAGGGCUUCUGGCAGUAGAUGAGUCGGUCAUCGCGAGUGUUCUCCACAACCUCCACUCGGCCCUGCAUGUUCCAGGAGACAAUACCGAGCCGAUAUAUCUGCUCCAUCCUUCGUUCCGCGACUUUCUCCUCAAUCCGAACAGAUGUACGGAUAUGAGGUUUCGAUUACAGGCCGAUGAUCUGCAUCGCUUCCUGGCGCACAACUUUUCCGGGCUACUCCAUAGAUGGCAAGGACGAUGCGAGGCUCGCGAAGUACGUCCGACUCGAGACUUCCUAUGCUUGCCGCAAUUGGGUCUACCAUCUUUGCCAGUCUGGCGGGACCAAUCCGAACGUGGUGCGAAACUUUUUCCAAUCGCGAUUUCACCACUUACUAUUGACUCCUCACUCGGAGAGGGAUUGUAUGACAUGUAUCGAUAUCUCAUGCGCCAUCGGUCACUUCUAGAAAUUGCGCCACUGCAAAUGUAUCACAGUACGCCCUGGUUUGGCCCCGGAGAAAGCUUCGUAAGCCAGGCUAUCCCAUGUCUAUUACGAGGUGCAGUAGUGCAAUCAGGUCCAUUACCAUCGACAUGGAGCCCUUGCGAGCAGACGUGGGCUUGCGCAAGAGGACUGGUCGUAUCGCCCUCGGCGGACGUCGUUGCUUUCGAAACGACCCAGUCUGGCACGAUCGAGAUUCGUGAGAUUACAACAGGGCGCUGUAUCAGUAUCUUCGAUGGUGAUGAGGAGCCCGGAUGCAUGUCAUUCUCCAAGGACGGAUCAUUGCUCUUAGUGACCGCCUUUAAAACAGUGAGAAUCUGGGAUAACAGACUUGCAGUGUGUAUGCACACUCUGGAGAAACUGGAUUCGCCCGAUAUUAGAUAUGCAGCGUUCGACGAAGAUGGUAAAGCAGUGCUUAUAAUUUACCGGAGUGGCUCUCUGACAAUCUGGGAUACUCAGAAUGGCAUCCGCCGUCAUACCCUUGAGGGCCACAAUGAUGCUGUCUGGCACGCCGAAUUUUCAUCUGACGCCAAGCACAUAGUUUCUUCGUCACUGGACGCAACGGUGCGAACAUGGGAUACAACAAACGGCAACCUGACUCGCACGUUUCAUGGGCAUGCAGGUCCAGUACGACAGAGUAGUUUUCUCCAAGGUAACCGAAUGAUUGUGUCCCAAUCGGAUGACCAGACGAUCCGAGUGUGGGACUCGGUACUGGGAACAUGUCUCCAUAUUCUCGGGUCGAGCACGGGCUACAUGAAAUUGUCCCCAGAGAAAGAUAUACUUGCUUACGCCGAGGACAACCUAAUCAAACUGUGGGACACGGUUGCAGCGGACCCUGUGAAAACUUUGGAAGGGCAUCGAGGCAAAGUGGUCUCCAUACAGUUUUCAGGAAGUGGACGAAAGCUUAUCUCCAACUCAUACGAUUUCACGGCCCGAAUAUGGGAAGUCGAUACAGGAGAUUGUCUGAGUGUAAUGAAUGACAUUGCGGAUCGUUCAGGCGUCGGUUUCCUGACUCCGAAUGGAGACCGGAUUUAUCAUACUACAGGCCGGGGAACGUCUAUCUAUGAGCCUCGAAAUGUCAACAACAACGAAGGUGAAUUUUCGCAUAAUGAUUCGAUCUGUAUAGUGAAGUACGCCCGUGACUCCAACCUAAUGGCCUCUGUGGAUCAACGCGGAAACCUGGCAAUCUGGGAUACUGUGAGCGCGUCUUGUCUGCAAGAGUUGGCGAGCAACUUUGGUGAGACAACGAACCUUGCCAUCUCCGGUGAUGGCAGGAAUAUUGCAUGCUUCACCACGCAUAGUGAAUUGCGAAUCUUAGACACAGAAGCUGGGCGCUGGGUUCGAACCAUACAAUGCACCAAGGGUGGUAUGUCAGGUCUCUCAUUCUCUCCGGAUGGAAGCUUGCUUGCUUAUAUGCUGUCCGGUAGCGUCUAUGCCCUGGCCUUAAGCACAGCUCAGUAUGCUCUCAAAGCCGCCGUUAUUGACAAAGCAUGUGCUCUCGUCUUCUCACCAGGCAAUGACAUGCUUGGGGUUCUGGGACCGCAUGAUCUCGCCCAGGUCUUCAGCAUUUGUACAGGAGAAAGAGAUGAAGCGACUUCUUCUAUCAGACGUAUAUCAUGGCUGCAAGCUGCGAGGAACUCCAAACUAACCAUUUCCAUGCUGGAUGAUGUUGACCAUGUGCGGGAUAUACACACCGACAAACACCGGAUUUCCCUGCAAGGCACGGUUUCCCCCACUGGGCAGAUACAACAAACAUCUGACGGCAGUGCGGUGGUAUGUUUUAAUCCCAACGAGCCAUCCCAACUGCGGAUAUGGGAUACCGUGGCGGGGAAAUGUAACCCUAUCUCGGACAUACCUGAAAAUUUAUCUUCACUCAUGGGAUCCCCUUCAAUCCAUUCUGCGGUCCUUUUUGGCGAGGAAAGCAAGAUCACUGUGUGGAAACCAAACGCUCGCGAGUCACUGAAAAUUCCGAUGAACAAACUGCAACUGGCUUGCUGGGCGUUCGACGCCUGUGUGACAAGGAUGGCGGCCGGUUGUGCAGACUUGACUCUGAGGGUGUUCGAAUUGAAAUCACAGAAUUGGCAGACUUUGGGUGACCUUGCAACUAAGGCUAAAGAAGUUUAUGUUUCCUCGAAUGGGGAGAGAGUACUAUCAAGCAUGGAAGGGACCUGGUUGCAAACAUGGCAUGCUUCGCAGAGAUGCAGUCUGGUUAGGAAAAAGGGAUACCUACCCCUUGGCCUCGAAAACCCAUUUUCGCCCGACGGUACAUUGGUUGCAUCCAUCCAUCCGGAGCGCGGUGACAUUGUCGAAAUCUGGUCCAGUGACGAUGGAUCCGUUCUUCACACUCUAGAUGCAAACUCGAACGUGGUCCAUAGUGUCGUCUGGUCACCACACGGUACAACUCUUGCCUGUUCUACCUACGAUAGUAAGGCACGCCUUUGGGACGCUGUGACUGGUACUUGUUUUCGCACAAUUGCGGAGAUUGAUCUAUUGCCAGGCCUAAGGUUUAGCGCUGAUGAUGCGCUGUUUGCGUGCAGACUGCGCACUGGCAUGUUUAAGAUAUUUGAUUCUACUACCGGAGAAGAUUUACUGCCCGAACCAUUUGCCAAAACAGCGAGUCUGCUAGACAUGCAGCUUUCCGAGCACAACGAACUUUUGGCAGUGGUCACGGUUGGUACGGAUGACAAACUGGAGGUAUGGAAUAUCAGCACAGGACAGAGGCUCAGUAGCUGUCAGAUCGCAGAUACACCCGGUCUUGUCGAUGAUCAGCCUUUUCACGCUAGGAUCUCGCCCCAGAACUCUAAGGUCAUUACAUCAACCUGUCACCUAUGGGAUUAUCAGAACAGCAAAAUAUCCCGCGGGCCACGGCCGAGCAGUGACAUGGGGGUGAGCUUGAAAGGUCAUGGCGAGAACCUGGCCGCAAUAGCUCAUCAUGAAACCCCUGAACUGGUGAUCCUGGGCUUUGUAGAGGGCGCCUCUCGAGUCCUGCACCGGCACGAAAUGUGGGACCCUAUCGUGGCUUGCUCGCGAAGCGGGCUGGUUGCCUACACUGAGCGGCAGGCUUUUGGUACCUGCGUUUAUAUAGAUGAUAUCCAACACAGCCGCUACUUCUCACUCAGUUACCGCGAAAUAUCUCUGAUGCGGUUUGCGCCGAAUGAUACCACACUUGUAAUUUUCAAGUCGGCCGGGAGGCUCAAUUCUUUCGACAUCGAGAGUGGAGUGGAAUGCGGACAAGCGGAUGACCCUAGAAACGCCUUUGAAGAGCCUAUAGAGUUGUAUCCUUCUCACACGGCAAAGACAGUAGCAAUCAUCUACGAGAGCCACCACGUCCGUAUCUGGGACAUGAAUGAGGGGAAAUGCAUAAGCACCCUGACAGGCCACGAUGACUGGGUCAGGCAGCCUUCCUUCCUGGAGGACCACAAUCUUGUUGCCGCCAUAUCAGCUGACAACACCGUCCGAGUCUGGAGAACCGACAGCUCAGACCUCAUUGCAUGCUUCCCCUUCGAAACAACGCUGUACGGAGUCUCCAUUGCACACGACGGUCUAUCCAUCUUAGUCAACGACGGCUGGUCAGACAUCACGCUUUUGAUUGCAGACGGGGUUCCGUCGUCGUCAGCUUUCUAUUGGAUCAGUGUAGAUGAGGGUUGGAUCAUGUGGAAACAACAUAAAAUCGUUUAUAUUCCGCCUGAAUACCGAAGCGCCAAGGGGAAGCGCUCCGGCAUCAUCUACAAGAAGCGCUCCGGCAUCAUCUAUAAGAAUACUGUGACUUUGACGUCUGACACUGGCCAUGUGCUCUUCCUUCAGCUUGAUCCGGAUCUGGACCCGCUGGAGUGGACUUUUGAGGACCCCCUGCUGAGGAAUCCGGAGUUGUGGAUUAGGGAGGAUUGUUUGGCUGAUGCUCUUGAUUAUUAG